CGACACCCGCCGUAAAAAACAGAAGAACAAGUAUCAGUUAUCUCAAAAAUAAGAAAGAAAGGAACCACGCGUCCAACUAUGUCCCGGUUGUUUUCGCCGAAUGGCGUUUGUGCCAAAUGUCCGCAGCUGGCGGCGCGCGCCAAGCUGCUGCGCUGCAGCAGGAGCGCCUUCGCCCGCCAGCAAACGCGCCGCGUCGGGGGGUCAAACACAACGUUCUCUAAACACGCGUCAAAGUCCACGGUGUGGAUACGCGGGGCGGCGGCGGCCAUCGCUUUGGCCGUGGGGCUGAAAUACCGAAAGGACGCGUCCGGCGGCUCCCGUUGCGACGCGCGCAGGACCGAGCGAUACGGCGACGCCAUAGAAGCGAGCAGGGAGCUUGUGGAGAGGAUAAAGGUAAGCGAACAGGCGGAGGUCGGGGCUCCGGGGCUGGUGGUCGGCGUCUCCGUGGAUGGUGCGGAAGUCUGGAGCGAAGGGAUCGGUUACGCCGACUUGGAGAACCGCGUGCCGUGCGGCCCGGCGACGGUGAUGCGCGUCGCCAGCAUCAGCAAGCCCCUCACAUCUGCAGCUGCUGCACGACUCUGCGAGGAGGGGAAGCUGGAGCUCGACGUCCCGGUCCAGAAAUACGUCCCUGAGUUCCCCCGGAAACGCUUUAACGGACAGGACGUCACGAUAACCCCUCGCAUGCUUCUGUCCCACCUGAGUGGUAUACGGCAUUAUGAGAAGGACGCAAAGAAAGUGAUGGAGAGCAGGGAGAAGGCCAAGCGCCUCCUGAAGCCGCCAAAGGAAGACGAUGCAAAGAGUUCCUCUGCAACGGAACCAAACACCAAAGGCACAGAAGCCACUCGGGAGAAGAAAAAGGAGUUUGAGCACGAGGAAUACUACUUGAAGGACAACUUUGAAAGUGUCACGGAGGCCCUGGACCUCUUCAAGGACGACCCGCUCAUUUUCAAACCCGGCACCACUUUCCUGUACUCCACCCACGCCUUCACCCUGCUGAGUGCCGCCGUGGAGCGAGCCGCCGGGCAGCACUUCCUGGACGUCAUGAUGACCAUGUUCCGCGAGUUGGGAAUGCUCAAUACCGUGCCCGACAAGAACGACCCAAUCAUCUACCACCGCUCACGAUUCUAUCGGCUCAACAAGAGCGGGCGCGUCGUCAACUGCCCGUACGUCGACAACUCCUACAAGUGGGCGGGAGGCGGCUUCCUCUCCACGGUGGGCGACUUGCUGCUGUUCGGUAACGCGCUGCUCUACAGCUACCAGCUGGCCCACCUGGAGGACGCCGGGGGCUUCCUCCCCGGCUUCCUCGCGCCCCAAACGGCGAUGGACCUUUGGUCGCCGGUUGACAGGACGGAGGCGAGCUGGGACAGGGACGGACGUUACGCCCAAGGGUGGCUGGUGGUGGAGAAGCUGCAGAGGUACGGGCAGUGCAGGAAGCGGAGGCACUACGUGUCGCACACGGGAGGCGCGGUGGGGGCCAGCAGCGUCCUCCUGGUGUUGCCCGGCGAGGAGGCCGAAGGGCGGGACCCCCGCGUCCCCCGGGGAGUGGUCGUCACCAUCAUCACCAACAUGCAGUCGGUUGGACUUAACAGCACAGCGCUGAAAAUUGCGCACGAGUUUGACGCUGCCAGGAGCUCGUUGGAGUGAGUCGACCUGGACGACGUGAACGUUGGGUCUAGAUGUUUGUCACGUGAACUCCACUCGCUUCCCGCUGCAACACUGACACGCUGACACCAGGUGGAAGCAAGAUGCUGUAAAUCAACACAUAGAAACAAGCCACUGAUUCAUGGCAUCAGUUCGUUGGCUUGUUUCAUUCCGUACAUUUCACAUACGAUGGAAAGAAGUUUUUUCUUUUUUUUUUUAAAGCUGCACAAUAAACCUUUUUAACCGUCUCUACA